CGCGGUUGUGGCUCGGUGGGCCUCGGUGAGAUAAUGGGGCUGCGACUUUCCGCCCCCGGGGCCUCGCAGCCUGCAGGGAGCCCCGGUUCUGGCGGAACACCGGGGAUCCCGCCUCCAUCGCUGCAGCCCCCGCUGGAUUCCGCCCCCCGCGGGCCCGGGGAGAGGCUGAGGCACGGUGCCAGUGCUCACCCCUCUCGGUGUAUGUGUGGUAACAACAUGUCUGUCCCCCUCCUCGCCGACGCUGUCACCGUGUCAGGGGCAGAGCGGGAGACCGCCGCGGUGAUUUUCCUCCAUGGCCUUGGCGACACGGGACACAGCUGGGCCGAUGCUCUCUCCUCCAUCCGCCUCCCCUACGUGAAGUACAUCUGCCCUCACGCGCCCCGCAUCCCGGUGACCCUCAACAUGAAGAUGGUGAUGCCCUCCUGGUUUGACCUGAUGGGAUUGACUCCAGAUGCACCUGAGGAUGAGGCUGGGAUCAAGAAAGCUGCAGAAAACAUUAAAGCAAUCAUUGAACACGAGAUCAAGAAUGGGAUCCCCCCCAACCGCAUCAUCCUGGGGGGCUUCUCUCAGGGCGGUGCCUUGUCGCUGUACACGGCUCUGACGUGCCAGCACCAGCUGGCGGGCAUCGUGGCGCUCAGCUGCUGGCUCCCGCUGCACAAGGCCUUCCCUCAGGCGGCGAACAACGGCGUGAACAAGGACAUCGCCAUCCUGCAGUGCCACGGGGAGCUGGACCCCAUGAUCCCCGUGCGCUUCGGGGCCCUCACGGCCGAGAAGCUCAAGUCUGUGGUCACCCCCACCAAGGUGCAGUUCAAAACCUUCCCUGGAGUGAUGCACAGUUCCUGUCCUCAGGAGAUGAUGGCGGUGAAGGAGUUCAUCGAGAAGCUGCUGCCCCGGAUCUGAGCCCAGCCCCUCGGGACUGUCGCAGGGGAGGGUGCCGAGGUGUCCCCGUGCCCCGCCCGCUGCCAACGGAAGCCAUGGCCCCCCCAGCGCACCUCCCGCACCCACCGUGCCCGCGCCCUGCACCGCGUCCCCCG